AUGCCGUAUUUAAUAACACAGCAUUUGUUUUUCCUCAGCAACCCAUAUGGACGGCCAUAUCGGAGAGGCGAUGGACGGUUUGACAGAGGUGGAAGAGGAAGAGGAGGUGGAGUCGAGUGUUACAGAGGCUUUGGGAGAGGCGGGGGUGGAGGCGGGGGUGGAAGCGGAAGGAACAGAAGUUGGUUUAAAAUUACGGUGCCCCAUGGCAAGAAAUAUGACAAGAAAUGGCUGCUCACUGCCCUACAGAACCUGUGCUCCAUACCCUUCUCUGCUGUACAGUACCACACGGACGGCAACAAGGUGCAGUUCUAUGUGGACGACUCAGCCACUGCUAAAGCUCUUCACGGGUGUUCACACAAGAUCACAGACAAUGACGGUUACAAGGUGAUAGUGCAUAUAAACGCCUGCCCUCCUCCCUCUUUUGUUCUCACCGACCUAAAACCAGAAGACCUGGAACACCUGAAGCAAUGCAUGGCCAAGCGUUUUGAUGGCACCCAACAGGCACUGGACUUAAACAACAUCCGAACCGAUCCAGACCUGGUGUCUCAGAACAUUGAGGUGAUCCUCAAUAGAAAGACCUGUAUGGAGGCUGUGGUCAAAAUCAUCGAGGAAAACAUCCCUGAGCUGGUGUGUCUGAAUCUGAGCAACAAUCGUCUACAUAAACUGGAUGAAGUGGCAGAGCUGGUCAGCAAAGCACCAAACCUGAAGACACUGAAUCUGUCUCACAAUGAGUUGAAGUCUGAGCGGGAACUAGACCGGUUGAAAGGGUUAAAGUUGGUGGAGCUGUGGUUGGACCGUAACCCCCUGUGUGACCUCUUCAAGGACCAGGCCUCCUACAUCAGUGCCAUAAGAGAGAGAUUCCCCAGACUGCUCAAACUGGAUGGUAAUGACCUUCCCCCGCCAAUAGGCUUCGAUAUAGAGACGGCCACCACAAUCCCACCCUGCAAGGGCAGCUGUUUUGGUUCUGAUGAAAUCAAGGGCCUCAUCUUGCGGUUCCUGCAACAAUAUUACAGCAUCUAUGACUCGGGGGACAGACAACCUCUCCUAGACGCCUACCACGAUGGCGCCUCAUUCUCUCUGAGCACGCCCUAUUCCAACCAGAACCCGUCCAGGUGCAGUUUGGGAGAGUACCAAAAAGACAGUAGGAACCUCAAGAGACUGAAAGAUCCCUCCAUGCGGUUCCGCCUGCUGAAACACACGCGCCUUAAUGUGGUGGCGUUUCUUAAUGAGCUUCCGAAAACCCAGCACGACACUGCAUCUUUCAACGUGGAUGUCAACACGUACACGAGCAUGUUGUUGUCGUUCACAGUUAGCGGUGUGUUCAAAGAAGUUGAUGGUAAAUAUCGAGACUCUGUCAGGGCCUUCUCUCGAGUCUUCAUCACUGUGCCUGCCGGGAACUCUGGCUUGUGCAUAGUGAACGAUGAGCUUUUUGUGCGCAACUCCACCACGGAGGAGAUCCGGCGAGCGUUCGUAGCCCCUGCUCCCACCCCCUCCAGUAGUCCCGUGCCCACCCUCACUGCCCCACAGCAGGAGAUGCUCUCUGCCUUCUCCCUCAAGUCUGGCAUGAAUCUGGAAUGGUCCCAGAAGUGUCUACAGGACAACGAGUGGGAUUUUAACAGAGCUGCACAGAUCUUUACAGAACUUAAGACUGAUGGAAAGAUCCCAGAUGUCGCUUUCAUAAAGUGAAGAGUUUAACACUACUUAUUAUGGAAUAGCAAUCUUAGAUUUUCUGUGAAAAUUUGUAUUUAUAUUUGAUAUGGACUUUUGUUUUGGUUUAACUGUUAUUCUUUGUUUUUCUUUUUGCUAAAGUAGGAUGGUAUGCUAUGACAAGUCACCAAAUUAUUGUUUUAACACUGUCGCAGUUGACGAAUUGAAUACCUCAAAAUCUUGUUUAUUGUAUUCUUAGUUUUAAGUAAUUUUCUAGUGUUGUUCAUGUUUUCAUAGAAAUAAAGCCAGUGACUGUG